GCUUAAAGGUUUUUGUUCUAAGAAGAACACGGACAACUAAAGAGAGACUUUCACUUUGAAAACAAGCACAAAUCCUAUCGUGGGCAUCUUGCGUAUCUUGAGAGACCUUGGAGACUGUCAAGCUCUAUAUUUUUGGAAGGAAUAUUUUACAGGAGGAACAGAGCCGGCCUGAAAUAUUUCCACAUUUUUGUAUUAGUGAAUUAUUCAGUUAGUUGAAGACAAAAUGUCAUCUGUGUGCCUGCAUUUACUGGGAUUCAUGCUGAGCUCCCUGGGCUGGAUCGCUAUUCUGAUUGCCACCAUCACCAAAGAAUGGGUUCAGAGCUGCUCAACAGGAGUGAGUGAUUGCCUCCAUUUCAAUGGAUUGAAGCUGAAGGGACUGUGGACUGAAUGUUACCGAUCAACUGACAGUUAUCACUGCAAGACUCUGACAGACAUCCUGACAAUGCCAGCCUAUCUGCAGACCAGCCGAGCCCUGAUGAUCACUGCCUCCAUUCUGGGACUGCCAGCAACUCUCCUCAUACUCACAUCAUUACCAUGUAUGAGGUUUGGAGCCGAAUCCCAUUCUUCUAAGCACAAGCAAUCCUUGCUGGGUUCCAUUCUCUACAUGUUGAUGGCAAUCUGUGCAGCUGUUGCCACAAUCUGGUUCCCAGUGGGAGUCCACCAAAAUGCACGGCUCUUCAAUUUCGGCUACUCUCUCUUUGUGGGUUGGAUAGGCACCAUGCUGUGUCUGCUCGGGGGAACAGUGAUUGCGUGCUGCACUGGCCCUUCACCACAACGCCAGGAAAACCAAUAUUACCCCAAUUCACAAGGCUCCAACUCAAUAACAAACCCGACACAUGCCAAAAGUGCACACGUCUAAGGAACAAGGAGAAGCUCUAACAUCAAGGGACUGGUAAAACCCAUGACAAAUACCCACCUUAAAAUAGCCUCUCUCCUGACUUGAAGGACAAUGCAGAUUGAAGUUUUACUUCACAUUGAAUAGAAAAAGCAACCCUUGUUUGUGAUUUUUAUUGCCAUCUUGUCAUGGAUAAUGUUAAAUUAUGGAAACCAUUAACUCUUGCCUCAGUGAGAAAAAAUGUAAAAUCUAAUAUCCAAUCUGAUGCAUCAAAUCUGCAGAUUAGCAAGAUCCAGUCUGGAUUCAUUCAGAUGUGUCAGGUUAUGGAUUUGAGACAGUAUAAAAGUUAAAUAGUUAUUGAUUGGUUACUGACCUAAGCUGCAUUUGUCAGUAAAGUAUAAAAGAAAGAUAGCAGGCUUGUAACUCAAACAGUAUUAUGCAGCAUCUUAACUGUCAAUUGGGAAUAAUCUUCAAAACUAAACUAAAAAUCUGAAAGUAUGCUGUUGUUUUUUUCCCAGAUCUGUAUUUAGUCCCUGAUCCCUGCUGGCUUGCACCAGGUCCUGUACUUUUGUUCAGUGUCAGCAAAUUUGCACGUAACUUGUUAACUACAAUGGAACCUCAAAAAUAGGAAGGGAACAAUGAGGAUCAAUGGAAUCGUGAGGGGAGGAAGCAGUGGCGGUGAAAGUAUCCCCAGACUGCUGGAUGACCAAAUUUAAAGGAUUAAGAAAUAUAUUCCAGGGUAUUAGGAGUAAGAAAAUAAGCCAAAUGGAACAUAUUCAUCAAAGGGCUAACUGAUCUUUUGAAAAAGUUACAAGGAGAGAACAUUGAAGUGGAAAAUGUAAAUUGUAUCAAGGGAACAGAAUGAUUUGAGUUAGGUGGUGGACAGGAGUUUGAUAGGGUUGGUCUGAUGUAUUGAGUUGUGACAUGAGUUAUUUGGAGUUCUUUUGCACCACGCAACACUUUUUUUUCAGACCAUGCAGAUUUAUUUUCUCGUUAGCUCCACAUUCUGUCAUAUAUAUAAAUGUGAAAAUUUAUCGAAAGCAAUGACUAUUUCCUCAGUUUCUGUUAAACAAUGAAAUCAAUUGAAAUCAAGGGGAGCUGACCUUGAGCAAUAACUGAACAAUGCAAAUUACCCAUAAAACACAGGGCUAGGCAGAUAGGAUGCAGGGAUAAUGUUUCCUGGGCCAGUGGGGUGAGGGGAAUGGGGGGCUCAUUUGGUAGGGUGUGGAGGAGAGGAGCAGAAUAUGGGGUCACUGUUUCUAAAUGUGCCAUAGGCCAUUUCAGACUGAGAUGAAGGGAAAUUUCUUCAGCACAGAAUGGUGACCGUUUGAAAUUCUGUACCACAAAAGGCUGUAAAGGCCAGGUUACUGAGUAUAUCUAAGGCUAAAGGUGUCAAGGGAUUUGCGGGAGGGAGCAUGAGUCAGGCAUUGAGAGAGAAAAUUGCCCUUUUUAAAUUUAUGUGUGGGAUUUGGGCUUCGCUGUCUUAGCCAGAAUUUAUUGUCAUCCCUACUUGUUGUUGAGAAGGUAGUAGUGAGUUAUCUCUUGAACCACUCCAGUCCAUUUGGUGUAGGUGGACCCAUAACACUGAGGGAACAGUUUCAGGAUAUUGACCCAGUAACAGUGGAGGAAUGGUGGUAUAGUUCCAAGACAGGAUGGUACGUGGUUUGGAGGGGGACUUAUAGAUGUUCAUGUUCCUGUGUGUCUGCUGCUCUUGUCCUUCUAGGUGGUAUUGGUCCUGGGUUUGGAGGUGCUAUCUAAGAUGCCUUUUUCAAUUUCUGCAUGGAAUAGCUUCUACUGAGCAUUGGUGGAGGUAGUGAAAGUUUGUGGAUGGAAGACCAACCCCAAGCAGAUUGUUUUGUUAUGGAUGGUGUCAAGCCUGUUGAACAGUCACACAUAAAUCGUUCCUUCGCUCUCCUGACUUGUGCUUUGUAGAUGAUGAACAAGAUUUGGAGAGUCAGGUGGUGAGUUACUCACUGCAAGGUUCCGAGGCACUGACUUGCUCUUUUAGUCCUCCGUAUUACAAAUGGCUGAUCUAGUUUGGUUUCUGAAUGAUCCCCAAGAUGUUGAGAGUGAAUGAUUCAGUGACAGUAUGCCUUUGAAAGUUGAGGGGUGAUUGUUAGAUCAUUUCCUGUUGAAGAUGGUUAUUGCUUGUCGCUUGGGUGGUGCGAUUGUUACUUGCCACCUGUCAGCUCAAAUCUGGAUAUUGUCCAGGUCUAAGAUAAUAAAGUGUGAAGCUGGAUGAACGCAGCAGGCCAAGCAGCAUCUCAGGAGCACAAAAGCUGACGUUUCGGGCCUAGACCCUUCAUCAGAGAGGGGGAUGGGGUGAGGGU